AUGAAUCAGCAGCUACAAAAUUUGUCAAGUUCUAAUGCUUUAAAAGUGUAUCAAGCGUGUAAUUUUCUUGAGAGUGCAACUAAAUCUCUUUGGGUGGAUGGUCAGCUGGCGUCCCCAAAUUCUCAAUUAAAUGUUGAUCAGCAAAAACUUUGGGAAAGUCUUUUGAAAAGAAUUUUGGAUAAAACGAUAACAACAAGCACUUUUUGGUUUGGAGGUGCUCUAAAUGGCUACUCAGGGGACAAUGUCUAUGAUCGUUUGCUGUCAAUAGGACUUUAUCUAAUAGAAGUGCUCUCCUUGCAAGAUACAAAUGCUAUUGCUUUCUUCUUGAAUAUCUCCAAAUUUUACCGGCAUCCAGGAGAAUUUGCUGCUCGUCUUCUCGCGAAUGACGAACGCUGUAUUAAUGUGCUUUUUAUUUUAUUGAAACGCUCAGAAUUUGUCGAAAAAUUGGAGACCCCACUAUGGCAGGACGUCCGCUUGCUUUUUGUAGAGGUUUUUGCACAAAUUAGAUUCGAUGCCUUGGUUCUCUUGGAAUGGAUGCAGUCUGAAGUCAUUGCACUAGCUCUCAUCAAUCGAAUACUCAAUGAUGUGAAGCAAGAAAAGAAUUGGACUCUUUGGAAGAAGGCUUUCGAAAAAUCAAAGUUUGCCGAACUGAGCCAUGCUAAUACGUAUGCUAUGAUUGAACCGGAACCUCAAAGAGAUGAUGUUGUCUUGAAGAUUAGCGAACUCGCGGUGGAUAUUGUUUAUGACAAAGAGAUUCGAUUCAAUGAUCGAGAAAAUAUCAAUCGUAAAAUACCUCAAGUUUGCCCGGAAAUCGCUUCAAAGGAGGCUUUUGUAAAGAUGUUUUCUGAAUUGAGGAGUAAAUUAGCAAGAGGAGAUCAAAUUGUUCAUUUCAAGACGGAAAAACUCUUGGGGAAAAUUGAUGAAUUUCUACGGAUGAUUAAA